CGCCGGCCCCCUCCCCAGCCACCACCCCCUCUCCCCGGCCCUCCGCCUCGGGGGGCCCCCCACUUCUGCCUGCGCUGUGCCCCCCACCAGCCGCCGGCACGGCCCCGCCCCCGCUGCCCCGGUGGUGGCCCGCGGCCCCCCGGCUGCCCGUGGUCAAGCUGGAGUCGCUGAAGCGCUGGAACGAGGAGCGGGGCCUCUGGUGCGAGAAGGGGGUGCAGGUGCUGCUGACGACGGUAGGCGCCUUCGCGGCCUUCGGCCUCAUGACCAUCGCCAUUAGCACCGACUACUGGCUCUACACGCGCGCCUUCAUCUGCAACACCACCAACCUCACGGCGGGCGCCGGCGGCGACGACGGGCCCCCCCAGCGCGGGGGCGGCGGCGCCGCGGAGAAGAAGGACCCCGGCGGCCUCACGCACUCGGGCCUCUGGAGGAUCUGCUGCCUGGAAGGGUUGAAAAGAGGCGUCUGCGUGAAGAUCAACCAUUUCCCGGAGGACACGGACUACGACCAUGACAGCGCAGAGUAUCUGCUCCGGGUCGUCCGGGCCUCCAGCAUCUUCCCCAUCCUCAGCGCCAUCCUGCUGCUGCUCGGGGGCGUGUGUGUGGCGGCCUCCCGAGUCUACAAGUCCAAGAGGAACAUCAUCCUGGGAGCAGGGAUCCUGUUCGUGGCAGCAGGCCUGAGCAACAUCAUCGGGGUGAUCGUGUACAUCUCGGCCAACGCGGGCGAGCCGGGCCCGAAGCGGGACGAGGAGAAGAAGAACCACUACUCAUACGGCUGGUCCUUCUACUUCGGCGGGCUGUCGUUCAUCCUGGCCGAGGUGAUCGGCGUGCUGGCCGUCAACAUUUACAUCGAGCGCAGCCGCGAGGCGCACUGCCAGUCUCGCUCGGACCUGCUCAAGGCCGGCGGGGGCGCGGGCGGCAGUGGCGGGAGCGGCCCCUCGGCCAUCCUCCGUCUGCCCAGUUACCGCUUCCGCUACCGCCGCCGCUCCCGCUCUAGCUCCCGCUCCAGCGAGCCGUCGCCUUCGCGGGACGCGUCUCCCGGCGGCGCCGGGGGCCCGGGCUUCGCCUCCACGGACAUCUCCAUGUACACGCUCAGCCGCGACCCGUCCAAGGGCAGCGUGGCCGCGGGGCUGGCGAGCGCCGGUGCCAGCGGCGGGGCGUACGGCGGGGCGGCCGGGGGCGCGGGGGGUGCGGGGGGCGGCGGCGGCGGGGCGGGCGCGGAGCGGGACCGCGCGGGGGCGCCCGGCUUCCUCACGCUGCACAACGCCUUCCCCAAGGAGGCGGGCGGCGGCGUCACGGUCACGGUCACCGGGCCGCCAGCCGCGCCCGCGCCCGCCCCACCCGCCCCCGCCGCGCCCGCCCCCGGGACCCUAGCCAAGGAGGCCGGCGCCUCCAACACCAACACGCUCAACAGGAAAACCACGCCCGUGUAGGGGCGCGCCUGGGGGCGCGGAGGGGGGCGUGUCCGGGGCGCGUGCGCGGGCGCGCGUGCAACGAGGCUGCCGGGGGUCGGGGGCGCCCCCCUCCUUCCCCGUGAGCGCGCUGGAGACUGCUCGGCCUUCCCCCGCGCCCCCUCCCCGCCCUACCCCCGCCCACCUGUGGGGGAACAUCCCCCCACCCUCUGAAUCAGGGACCCUGAGGGAGGGGGAAGGGAAGGGAAGGGAAGGGAAGGGAGGGGGCCGUUGGGAGCGAGCGUUGUGUUUUAUUUUUUUGUGGGGUUGGGGGGGAGGGGGGAGGGCUGUGGUGUUUUUUGCAGUUUUGAGAUGUUUUCUUUUUAAUGUUUUGCUGUGUGCAUGUGGGGGCGGGGCUCAGGGAGGGACUCCCAGCCCAGCCCAACUCCUGGAGAGGGGCCCAUAACACACGAAUAUAGAGUUAUACCUACAAACUAUAUAUAUAUGCUCUAUAUAAAGAGACAGAAAGACCAAAGG